GACUCCACGGUCAAUUCACUGUUUCUUCCAUCUGGAUCAACAAAGGCAAUAUUUCCGCGAUCGGAAGGAUUUAUACCUCUAUUAAUUUCUGAUCAGUCUACCGAUCCAGUAGUAAUUCGUUCAACAGUCGAUUUGAUUGAUUGGUAAAUCGAGUUGGCGGAUCGGCUGAUCGGUCGGUUUCAUUGGAAAAGUGAUUUUGGUGAAGAAUGGACCAGGGCAGGAGGGCAGUAGAGUCGUACUGGAGGUCCAAGUUGAUCGACGUCGCGACAUCCGAUGAGGAUAAGGUCACUCCGGUUUACAAAUUGGAGGAAAUAUGCGAUUUGCUGAGGGCUUCGCACAUCUCCAUUGUUAAAGAGGUCUCCCAAUUCAUCCUCAAACGGCUCGAUCACAAAUCGCCGAUUGUUAAACAGAAGGCAUUAAGGGUAAUAAAAUAUGCUGUGGGUAAGUCAAGUGCAGAGUUCAAAAGGGAGAUGCAAAGGAAUUCUGUUUCAGUACGGCAGUUAAUCCACUACAGGGGCCAGCCAGAUCCUCUGAAGGGUGAUGCGUUAAACAAGGCUGUGCGAGAAACCGCACAAGAAACAUUAUCUACUUUAUUUUCAUCAGAUGAUAGCACAGCUGCGCCUACAGAAAGUAGUCUUCGCAGUCGGAUACAAGGAUUUGGAAACACCAACUAUGAAAUGCCAUCAGAUGAUAGAAAGUCGUUCAUCAGUGAGGUUGUUGACAUCGGAAGUGCUACAAUUAAACAUGGAUUUAGUAGUUUUAAACAGUCUCCUUCCAUAAGGAAAAGUAAUGACACUGGAAGUUACAGAAGCCCAAACCUUGAGCGAUCUUUGACCAGAGAAAAUGAUAGGUAUGAAGGGCUUGGGUCUCAGGCCGAAUAUAACAGCUCCUCUCGGUUUUCAGAAAAUGCUGGUACUGUAAGCUGGGAUAAAGAGAUUUCGACAAGCCAUUCAGAAAGUAGUAAUGGAGACCCUGCUGUGACUUACAGCCAAAAAACUCGUGAAGAGAAAUUGUUGGAGACCAUAGUGACAUCAACUGGUAUGCGCCUACAGCCUACUCGAGAUGCACUUCAUGUUUUCCUGGUGGAAGCCUCAAAAGUAGAUGCCAAAUCAUUAGCGCAUGCCAUUGAAAUGAAACUGAGGUCUCCUAUGUGGCAGGUCCGCAUGAAAGCCAUAUGUGUCCUUGAGGCAGUAUUGAGGAAGAAGAAUGAGUUGCAUUUUUCAGUUAUUGCUUCAUACUUUGGCAACGAUAAAGAUUCUGUGGUGCAAUGCUCUGAAUCUCCCCAAGCAUCUUUGAGGGAGAAAGCAACUAAGGUAUUGAGUCUUCUGGGUGGUGAACAAAAUGGCAGUGGAACCAACCAAUUCAAGCAACCGAGUAAGAUUCCCCAGCCUUCAAUUAUACCAGAUAUGAUAAACACUGGUGACCCAGGUGAUCUUCUUGGCAUGGAAGAUCCAGAAAAAGCAGCGAGUGAGCCAACAAUAACAAAUGCACCACCAUCUGUUGCUCCGCUGAUCAAUGACUUACUUGGCGACAAUUCCUACAGUUCUGAGAGCACCGACAAGCUGAACGUUGAUGAUGACCCAUUUGCAGAUGUUUCCUUCCACAUAAGUCAAGAUAAGGACCGGUUUGCUAAUUUAUUUUCUGGGGUGGCUCUUGAUAUGUCAGGGGCCUCUGAGGCCACUGUCGCAGCUCAUAAAAAUGUAUCUGAACCAUUCAACCUUUUGAAUUCUAGUUCUGAGGUCUUCAUGGAGCAAGGAACUUCUAGUGAAUAUGCUACCAACUUGAUGGACGAUAUGCUCGCGAAUGGAAAUAAUCCCUCUGUAAAGAAAAAUGCAAAUAAAGACGAGGAUGUGUUCCAUGGUUUAGUAUCGAGUACACCUAAUAAAAGUCCUAAUGUUGCUUUAAAUAGUGAAUUUCCUCUGCGAGCUGGUGAUAUGAAUGUAAAUCCCAUAUUCCCCCCGGGUGCUCAGGCAUAUAAUAUCCCUUCUGGUUUUGGGGUCAAUCCUGCAUUUGCUUCUCAGCCAAUGAAUUAUAGUGCCAUGGGGAAUCACUUUGCUCAACAACAGUUUUUAGCUGCAAUGUCCAACUUCCACCAACUAGGAAAUCUACAAUCCAGUACUACUAUCAAUUCUCCUGGACCUGUAGGAGUGGAUGCAGCACCCUUUCCAGAUAUUUUUAAUCCUGGCAUGGCUACCCAACCUCCGACUUCAUUGAUGAAUGGAUCAAAAAAAGAGGAUACAAAAGCAUUUGAUUUUAUCUCGGAUCAUAUGGCCUUGGUUCGUGAAACCAAACGCAUGACUUGAUUCAUUUGAUGUGUAAGGAUUUCUUGUUCUGGGUGAAGAAGCCGACUCGGAAGAUGCUGCCUAAAUCUUGAAUUGAAAAAAGUAUAUGAACGUUGAGUAAGUGUUGUAUCGGCAUGACUAUAAUUCCUCGGGGAUUUCAAGCGGAAGGCAGACCAAUGUUGUGUGAAUGAAUGUUUCUGACGUCUGCAUUUGUUUUGAUCCUAAGAAAGGUAUGGAAAUCGUGCAGUCAUUUAAAGGCUGCUGAUUGUUGUUGUCUAAUUUUAUUUUGAUUUUAUUACUUUUAUUUGUAAUACCCCAAUUGAGCUGAUUGUCUGAUAGACUUUUGUUGUAAUA